AUGACUCACCUCCCGCCCGCCUUGGGCGGGUGCGAGGGCCUCAGGCCGCGUCGCGGUGUCCCCGUUUCGCUCCUCGGGCCUCCAGGCCGCGUUCUCGCUUCGGCUCGCGCGUCUGCCUGCGAAGCCUCUCGCGCCGCCGAAGGCUACUGUAGGACCCUGCCGCCCGUGUGCGCGGCCUCCAGUCCAGGCGGCAAGGAGGCUGCGGCACAGAGCCGCCCCCUGUCUCUCCUCCGUCCUGGAUUCGCGUGUCGCCCGCGCUUAAGAGGAGGGACUGCCGCGGCCGCGGACUCACACGUACCGAGCCUCGCCCGCGCUGCCGCUCGUUCUGAAAGACCUAACUCGCGUUGUUCGCCGCCGGCGUACGCACGGAGUGUCUCCUUCCCUGUCUCUCUGUCGCCGCCACCAGCUAAUCAUCCCCCUGUCGGCGGCCGUCGCGCCUCCUCUUCGCACUGGAGAGGCCUUUCGAAUGAGCGGCGUGUCCUGUGGCAGCCGCAGCCCAGCCACGGUGCGACAGCCCCUUUUCUUUUUCCUGCCAGUCGCGCGUUCCUCUCUGGCUCUUCGCAAAGGGCGGCCGCAGGAGGCAGUCCCGACGCGCCCACGCCGAGUGGAAAUAUCGCGCGUCGCACUGUACUUACAGAUGGACGCGAAAGACUGCUCAAACCGUCAGAGCGGCAUUCUGCUCUACGCUCACUUUGCCUGUCGCCGUCGUCGCCGCAGGCGUCGUCUCAGCCUGCGCUGAUAUCCUUACAAGACUCUUCUGCAUCUUUCUCUCACCACGCCUUUGCCUCUCGUUCGUUUUCCUCGGCCUCUCUCUCUUCUGCGCUGCCUCCAGACGGCCUGCCUGAGGGGUGCGACUCUCCCCAGGCUGACCACCCCAGCGAGACAGUUCGCUCAGACAUGGCUCCAGAGUGCAUUUGCGCUCUCUGUCAGCCGCCUGGAGCCACGCCACCAUCUUCAUCUCCAUCUCGUGGCUCACUGCCACACUGGCUUGAUUUCUACGCUGGUUUGUCGUCUUCCUCUGCCUCGCCUCCACUGCCCUCUUCUCUUCGCGAGCUCCCUUCCUCCGCCCCCCCCCGCCUCCUGCCGACUUCGUCUUUCUCUUCUCCUGACGCCCCCCGGAGGCCAGAUGCGGGUAUCGUCAGGGCGCCGGCGCCCGCAGCUCUUCUGGCGACGUGCGAGAAGCGCGCCUGCGCAGGCUGUCGCUGUCGGCGUUUCUGGGCCGCUGCGGCGGCCUGCGUUCGCGUGCAUCUGCCUCACGCCCAGCACCAACAAAACGACUUUUACCUUCAGGAGCUCUACCCGAGUCACGCGCAGAAAACCUCUCUCCCGACUCCUCCUUUGCCCCUCGCGCCGCUCCAUCGCCCUACGCCCUCCGCCGCAUCCGCCGCGGCUGCGUCGCCUCCCCGCUGGGCGCCUCCCGACCCCUUGCCGCCUGGCAAUCCGCCGCCGCAUGUGCUCUCUCCAGGUCUGCCCGACUCGGGCGCUUCGCCCUUCCGCUUUCCUGCGUGGUCUCUGCGCCAGUUCGAUCUGCGCACCGCCAUUCGUCUCUUCUGUCUCCUUGGAUCCUCGCCACCCCCUCGCCCCUCCCUCCGUUCGCCCUCGUUCCGCACCCCUUGUGUAGAGUCGCCGCCUUCCUCAAGCGACUCCUGUCCUCCUCUCUUGUCGCCCUCGACGUCUCAGCCCUUUUCCACGAGGAAGAGUGGAGAGGGCGCUCUGCUGGGAAGCGGCGCGGCGCGACCCAGUGGAGGCGACAGCGCGCUGGCGGGCGCCGACAGCUGCGCAGACAGGGAGAAUCUGCAGAGAGAAGCGAGAAUCAAUCACGGGGCCGUUCUGCAUGUUUUGCUGACUCACAUCUUGCUGAGGUAUCAACGCGCGUCGACCCUUUCGUCUCGAUUUGCGUCUACACAAAGAGGCAACGCGCCCGAUGCCGUCCCCUCGCUGUCGGUCCACGAGCUUCGGCAGCUCGUUCAGGUGUACGUGCACCUCGCGUCCCAGGUGGUUGACUGCGUGGACGGGUCGAGCGCCUCAUCGUCCGCAGCCUUCCUGGCUCUCGCGCGACAGACCGUGUAUACUGUGUUUCGCUCGUCUCUCGCUUUGUUCGCUCCUUCCUCUUCGUCUCUCUCUUCUUGCGCGACGCCUCUUUCUGCGUCCCUGUCUCCUCGGCUGUCCCUACACUCCAGCCCCAUCCUUCGGAACCCGUCCUCCGGGCUCUCGCUGUCUCAGCUGAUUUUCCUCCUUUCCUCUUUCUCCUCCUCUUCGUCAUCGUCUUCUCUUUCGCCUCACUCUUCGUCCUCUUCCUCGCAGCGAGCCCCGGGCGCGACUCGCGCCGACACACUUUCGCCUUUGCCUCGGCAGCCGCUCCUGCUGCCUUGGGCGAGCUUGCCGCCUCCUCCCGACUUUCUGUUUCUUCUUCAGGUCAAAUUGACUCAGCAGGGCGGCGCGAACGUCUCUGUGGCAGAGCUCGUCCAGGCGGCUUUGCUGUUGGCGCCGCAGGUGUCCGUGCAGGGUGGCGGCAGGGACAGCCAGGGCCUCAUGACCUUCAAAGCUAUUGGCGACGAACUGGAAUACCGCCUCGAGGAGCUCUGCGGCAGUCUCUCCUCUGCGGACUCGCCUCCGCUCUCUUCUUCGCCUCUUGCGCCCUCGUCGUCGCUCUCUUUUUUCGAGAGAAUUAGCGAGAUGGAGGCCUCGCCGGACCUGGCCGUCUUGGCUGUGCAGGCGUUCGCGGACGGCGACGUUUCUCACGAGCCCUUCUUCAACAGGCUGUGCGACUUUUUGCUCUCUCCCUGCUCCUGCACGUCGCCCUCGGGUUCUCAGCCGCAGUCCCAGCAGUCUCCGCGCCUCUCGGCGGCUCGCGGCGCGCCGGCCGUGGCUGCAGCGCAGACGAGGCGCGAGGAAGCGACAGAAGACAGUGAGGAGGAGAACGAAGUCGUCUGGCUGGACACGUGGAAGACGGGGCAAGUCGCAGAUCUCCUGCUCCAUUUUCGGCGCCUGCGCUUCUCCCAUGACGAGCUCCUCGAGUACCUCUGGCACGCGUACGACGGUGACACGCUGACGCCCGGCGACGCCCUGGAGAAGCGCGCGGAGGACGCGCAGGAAGCGCAGAAAACAGCGCGACUUGGAAGAAGACAAAGGACGCAAACUACACCAAAUCGGCGGGGGGAUACGCUCAGCACAGACGCAGGCGCAUCCGCCAGCAGCGAGACGCAAGAGGCGAAACCCCUCCUCGCAUCCGCCUCGUCUUCGGCUCCUGCCUCGGCUUCGUCUCUGCACGCACCCCCGAACGCAGCGCAGCUUGAGGAUUGUACCUCGCGGGCGAGCGACGAUGUGGGAGGAAGGCCGGCAGAGAAGAAGAUUCGAUUCUACCAUAAAUGCACUCCCGAGCAGCUUCUGACGUUCCUUCACACGAGCGGGUUCGGCGAGGUGCCUCCGCCUUCUCCCCAGUGGCAAAACCGAGUCAUCAAACUCCUUCUCGUCCCCCCUUCGUGCGCCACCGCCUCUCCCGCGCCGGCGCAUUUGGUCUCUGCGCUGGCCUCGCGCCUCAGUCCCACACAAGUGGGUGACUUGGCGGUCUCGCUGAUGCGCCUCGCGCCUCUCGCCGCGGCGGAGCUUCUCUCUCUGGCUCGCAGGGCGCCCACGGCGGUCGGGGCGUCAGCGCCGCCGCAGAGACCGCGGGAGCCUGAGGGAGAAAACGAAGCGCCGCCAGUCGAGUGUGGCGAGGCACACUGGCGGCGAAGCGAGCAGAGCAGCCUUGCGGCUCGCGCGGCACGGGCUAGGCAGUUCUUGCGCGCGAUGCCGCUAGGCCAGCUGCCUUCGUUCUGUUCAGCGCUGCUUCUCCAUUCUCCGCCUCUUGCUCUGCUCUCUGUCGAGAAGCCCGGACGGACGAGCGGCGUCUCGCGGGAAGCGGCAUCGCGGCUGGCGCGGGUGAAGGGCCGUUCGCGUCCCCCAGCUUCGUCCGCCCCCGCUUCGGCCGCUUGGGGAUGCUCGCUGACUGAUUCGUCGUCUGCUUCGCCGCCUGCAGAUGCGAGGGGGAGAUGUCUCCAGUCGUCUUCGCGUGUAGAGGGCGCAUACGCGCGACGCGGCUGGCUGACGGAAAUCGAAGAGGUCCUCCUUCUCUCCUGGAGCGUCUUGCUCGCUCGGCUGCUGCGCCUCUGGCGACACACUGCGGCCCUGGGGCUUGACCCCAUUUUGAAGUACGCGCUCUUGCAUCACCAGUUGUCGUCACUUUCUUCUUCCGCUUCUUCCGAAUCGUCUCGCUCGCCCUCCUCCGCUUCGUCGGCGCCACACCGCUCUCCGUCCUCUGCCUCGUCGUCUGCGCCGCAUCUCUCGCGCCUGGCGUCUCUGCUUCUGUUUGCGCCUGAGGCGCGACUGCCUGGGCCUGCCACCGGCGGAGACGCGCCGCGGAGCGCCAAGCGUGCGGGAUCAGACGAGGAAGGAGGAAGCGCAGUCAGCGGACACAAGGCAGAGGAGGAGACCGCAGCGCCGGCGUUUGCGCUCGGCUCCAGUUUAGACUCUCCACGACUCCCAGAUCCCUGCGGCGACGCCUGCACUUCUUCCUCCUCGUCUCUCUCUCUUGCGCCGCCUCUGUGUCCGCUGCCGCCAUCGGGCGACUCCGCUUCGUUUGGCGUCUCUUCUGCAGCAGCCUCCGCCUCCUCCUCUUUCUCUCCUCUGUCUUAUCCAGGGUUCGCGCCCUUCUCGCCUCCCUCACCGUCGCUCGCGUCUUUCGCGUCGCGUGGCGCGCCCGCGGCGGAGAAAAUACUAUUUUCUCCCCUCUGUCGCGGCGUGCCAGGGCAGCUGCCCACGCGGCCUGAGCCGCAGUGGGCUGACGCUGAUCCUGCGCUGACGCCGCAGGCGCGCGGCCUCCAGCGACUGGCUGCGCGCGACCCGAACGGCGCAGAGCCCUACGGCGCAGAUGCGGCGCUUCGAGACCGAGCCGUGAGAGGCACCGGCGAAGCUGCGACUGCCCUCAGCAGAGGCGACAAGGCGCGCGACGAGCGGGGCGGAGGCCUCCUGCCUCACGAGUCUCGCGCAGGCCAACGGCCUAGCCGCCUCGAAGAGGGAGACGUUGGGACCGCUGGCUGCUGGGCAGACGCUCAAGAAGAGGCCGACGUCGCCGACGUGCGUCUCGCGACGGCUGCGCGACUGUGCCGCCAAACGCUGCUCUCUCUGCUGCUGUAUGCGCACCUGCGCGGCGCGGAGGCGCCGCCUGGCGCCACCGCGCGCGUCCCGCGCGAGUCUGUCGCGCGUUUCCUGUCGCGGCUGCCGCUCGCGCAGCUUCGGGAGGUGCACAUGCUGACUCUGCUAUCGACGUCGGGGCUCCUCUGGGGCGACGCAGGCCGGGGGACUUACGGCACGAAGGGACUCUACUCGCCGGUUUUCCGCGCGGAGGCGGAGUCUGCAGAGACUCGAAGUCCUCUCGACGGAAACCGCGCGUGCAGCGUGCUCGCGCUGCAGGCCCUUCUGCAGCAGACGCUCCUUGUCCGCCCCGAGGAAGAGGCGAAGUUGAGAGAGGCGCUUGCGCGCGAGGCCGCAGACCGCCGCGAGCGGCCGAGGAGCCCGUCGAGGCAGGCCGCCGACGACUUCUUCGAGGCGGCACGGGGGGCGUCGCCGCGACUGCGCGAGGAAUGGGCGAAGCACGCGAGAGAGCGAACCGAAGAGCGGCAGCGAAAGCAAGAGACGCGGGAUGCGAAACUGAAGGAAAAACUGACACGAAAAAACCAGAUGCGCCUGUGGGGGAGGCUGCAGCGGCCGCGCCACCAGCGGGGAGACGCGAGCGAGCCAGACCGCGAAGGAAAUGAGACGGAAGUCCGCGACCAGGGCAGGGAGGAAGGAAGCAGCGAGGUCCGAGGGGAGGGAAACGACAAGGAAACGCAUACAUCCCGUGAGCAGAGAAGCCCCGCCGCCAUCAUAUGGCACAAAAGACGCACGGAAGAGGAGGACGCAUGCAACGAGGAGGCGGGGAGACGCGGAGCUAACGAGUCCGAUGACGCAGAGAAGACUUCGGGCGGGGGAGAGACGCGAAUCGAGGCGCCAGAGGCCUCAUAUGCAGCGUCGCAAGGAAGCAGGGAAGUCCCAGACGACGAAAUGUGCCUGGAUAUCCCACUAAGACCCGAGACAGAGGACGCGGAUGGGGAGCCACGCAGCUCAGAUUUGUAUCGGCGCUUGGCGCUCGCGGAGGAGGCCGCGAAGACGCUCUUCGCUCACCGCCAGGUCCCGACAGGCGAUGCGACGCCUCACACUUCGAAUUUCCAUCGGCAAGUUUUCUCCUCGCUGCAGCCCGCGCUGCAGCUCGUUCAGGCGCAGCGCGAACGCAGCGCGACGUCAGACGGGCACGAAGGCGACUCCACGGAAGACGCACAGCGAAGGCAAACCCUCGAAGGACAUUGCGACGAGGCAGCAGCGGGUGACGCGAGGCUCAGAGAGGGAAACUGGGACGUCGACAAAGAAGUCGCCGUUGGCCCCUACGUCCUCGACAUUCUUCUCGUGCGUGAAAGCUGA